GCUGAUCAGAGGGAAAUGCAAGUGCCGGGCACUGAUGAUCAGUGCCCUGAUGAUCGGUGCCCAGCAGUGCCACCCGCAAGUUCCGCCCACCUGUGCCCAGCAGUGCGCCCACUAGCUCCGCCCACCUGUGCCCAGCAGAUCACCCACCUGUGCCCAGCAGUGCACCCACCUGUGCCACUCUGCAGUGCCACCUACCUGUGCCCAGAAGUGCCACCUACAUGUGUCCAGCAGUGCCACCCACCUGUGCCCACCCACCUGUGCCCACCAGUGCCACCCACCUGUGCCCACCCACCAGUGCUGCCCACCAGUGCCACCCACCAGUGCAGCCCAGCAGUGCUGCCAGUCAGUGCCACCAGUCAGUGCCCAGCGGUUGUGCCAGUCAGUGCCGCCAGUCAGUGCCCAGCAGUGAUGCCAGUCAGUGCCGUCUAUCAGUACCCAUCAUCAGUGUCACCUAUCAGUGCCGCCUAUCAGUGC